UAAUGGGAUCGAUCCUCAAUAAAUAAGAGGUUUCAUCAAGAAAGUUAUCUGAAAUGCCAUAAGAACAAAAGUCUUAACACUACACUUAAGAAGUUUAGGAGAACGAAUAAGCUAGAAUUGUGAUUCAGACUUAUCGUGACACAAAAAUAAGUCGGAAAGUACACAACUUAGAUCCUGAAGUUAAAUUAACAUUUAGCAAGUAAUUCCCUAAGAAACAAGAUCUCUCGAAUGCACAAGGAUAAACUAGUUCAAUUCAAUAAAAGGAAACAUUUCAAUUGUCUCCACGAUCACCUGAUAAGGAAAGUGAUUGUGAUUGGUAAGAUAUAUAUGGAGAUCAUUGCUUUACAUUAAGUGAUGGUCAUGUAGCUUAACAUUGA